GCAAGCUGUAUUUAUUACAGAGCAAGAGAGGGGUUGUGGAAUACAGUCUACAGAGAAUUUAUACCGUUAGGAAAAGGUAAAUAAAAAUGUCUUCAAAUUCCAACCUGACUACUAUGCGAAGACUGGUGGAACAGUUAAAAUUGGAAGCAAGUGUUGAGAGGAUCAAGGUGUCCCAGGCUGCUGCAGAGCUCCAGCAGUAUUGCCUCCAGAAUGCCUGUAAAGACGCCCUGCUGGUCGGAGUACCAGCUGGAAGCAACCCCUUCAGAGAGCCCCGUUCCUGCACUCUGCUCUAAACAUGAGAAACUGGCUUUGCAAGUCUGAACUGAAGCAUGACGCGACUAUCGAUUGCUGCCUAUUCCGUUUUGAGGGGUCAUGAUUGCAGUGCCAUUAAAUUUCCGUGGCCAAAAUGUAUUUAUCAGUACCUUUUUAUAUUCUCUUAAAAGAACCUUUUGCUAAUGUGUAUAGUAUUAUAUAUAUAUACAGUUACACACGUUUUUUGUGAAAUCUGGUUUUAGUACUGCUUUACCUAUAUAAUGUUUACACUUGUAAAAUGUGGGACUUUUUGCCAAAUGUUUUUAGUUUACCAAGGUGCCUGUUUUACCAAUAGGUUAUUUCCUAGUAAUGAUAUGAUUCCAACUAAAAUUUCACAUUAUUCUGUGUUUAACUUGAAAUGUAUAAGUAGCAGAGAUGACCAAUAUACACUGGCAACCAUUUCAGUUUCACAUGAAUUGUGUUAUUCUGUUAAAUAUACCACACAAAAGGAAAACAGUUAAGGAGUAAAGAAAAAACAAGUUGUAUAAGUUGUAUGGCCUAUAGGUGGGAGCUCUUUGUGGAGUCUGCAUUACCCGUAACAACAUUCUAUUGCCUUUUUUUCUUACUUUUUCUCAGAAAGUAAGCCGACCACAGAGAGAAGUUACAACAGUGCGCAAGUUAUUGAGUUACAAAUGUUGCCAGUGUACACCUGCCUAUAUACUACAUGUCUCAGUGCUAGUUGGAACAAUAUCCUUCUACACUAAUGGUUUGUCUUGCUGCUGCUUUUAAAAAAGGUCUACGUUUUAACAAAGUGCCCCUGACAUGCACGCUUUGUGCCUUCUGCUGUUUGUUAUGGCAGGCAAAAAAUACUUUUUAUACAGUUAAGCCAGUGUUGUUUAUGUUGGGAUAAACUUCUUGCUUACACUUUUAGGGUUACAUUUGUGUUAUUGAAAUAUGUGGAAAACCAAUGUAGCUCUUUUUUAUAAUAAAUAUAUUA